GUAGCUACAAUAUGGACCGCCUCCUUGCCGCUUCUCUCGUCGCCUCGGCGGCCGCCUUCGGCGGCGUCUCGCCGCCCGUGCUCAAGGGCGUCGGCAUCACCGCCCCCUUUGGCAACGCCGCGGACGGCACGUGCUGGGACCCCGUCGGCUUCACGACGCGGACGUCUGAUCCUUUGAUGCUGUGGUACCGCGCUGCGGAGCUCAAACACUCGCGCGUCGCGAUGCUCGCCAGCGCCGGCUGGAUCGUGAACGGCCUCCACCUUUCGUUCCCCGGCAACCUCGCGACGGGCGUCAAGUUCAGCGACCUCGCGGCCAAGUCGCCGCUCGAGGCGUGGGAGGCGACGCCGUUCGACGGCAAGGUCCAGAUCCUCAUCGCCAUCGGCCUCGCGGAGUUCCACAGCGAGUUCGGCGCGCCCUACAAGACGCACUACACGAAGGGCGGCUCGUUCCCGGGCAACCAGCUCAACUUCCUCGGCGACAGCAAGUGGGAGGACGUCUGGGGCGGCAAGGUCAUCUCGACGACCUCGGCGAAGACGGACGCGCAGUUCCUCAACCAGCAGAACGCGGAGCUCAACAACGGCCGCCUCGCCAUGAUCGGCGUCAUGGGCUUCUCCGCGGCCGCGCUCGUCCCCGGCUCCGUCCCGCUCCUCCCCUAGGCGCGGGCGGCAGCCGCCGCGACGAGGCCGCAGCGCUCGUCACCCCGCGCGACGCCUAGCCCCGGCGCCGCGUAAACACCUUCGCU